CUGUCACAUUGGCGCUACAAAUGUCGGAGGUUGGCAAACGCUCACCUAGCCUUCAAAUUCGGAAAGUGGUUUCAUAUCUCGGCGGUCCACCGGGACUUAAACACUACCCAGGUAAGCGAACUCAUCUACUACAUCGAUUGGUUCAUUUGCGCGCUAGGCGGAAUUCCGCAACGAUACCGCCUUACCAUUUACAGGUGGGCGCUGCUACGGCCAAGAAGCAUAUCAUGCACGCUAUUAGCCGAAAGAUCGGACCGCCUGCCGAUUCAGCAUCAAAGUGAGGUUUAUUUGGCCACAAGUCUGGACCCAACAGCCAAUCGUGAUCCGGUGUUAGCCGAAUACCGGUUACCAGCAGCGCAUCCGGAAGGCGUUAGGAUUUCCAGAAUAUUGUCGCCUCAUACAUUGUAUAAACGACGCGCUGUACAUGUGUUUUCGGGUUGGAUGAGCAGGCCUCCUGUUUGUCAUUACUAUCAGGCAGGAAACUGCCUAAAUGGAGAUUCUUGUCGGUUUUCACAUCCGACCGUAAAAUGUCGCACCUUCGCAUCAACUGGUUGGUGUCCAUAUGGAUAUAGCUGUCAUUUUUGGCACGACCCAUCGCGAAGACAGGCCGCGCCACCAACAAUUCAGCGAAAAAUAUGUCAAUUUUUCAUCAACAACCAAUGUAAGUAUGGUGACAAGUGCUCAUUCUCACAUGAUUUGGAGGCUGAGAACAGCUCUGGUUUGACGCUUGAGGAGUACCGGGCUCAGAAGAAAUUAUCACAACUUAGUCUCGCAAACCAACCCAGACUCUUCCCCAAAAAGUUGUCGAAUAACCACUUAUUUUGUGCAAGUCCAGCGAGUGUGCUCCGGGCCUCAAACAGCAGUUUGUUUUCCUGUGGCAAAUCUGCAGCAAGUGAACGGUCGCCGGUCAUAUCAAGAGCUCCUGUACCGAGGCCUGAUAGGGCCGCGAACCAAGUCAGGUUAGAAAAUAUAACCCAGGCUGAGAUAGACCGUUUGCAAUGUACGGAAGUGGCACGUUUUGAAAAGGGAGUCUCCGCGGAUAGACUCCGGGAAGUGGACGCUGACAAAACGGGGAGGACUUUCCACUUACGGUUUUCCUCCACGGACCCCGAUUGGGUUUACGAUGUGCGCGAAAUCGUGUUGAGCAUUCAUUUUGAUCCAAUGUACCCUGUGCAACCGCUGAAAGUUUGUGUUCUACCCAUGGAAUGCCUGCCGGCGAUUCUUGUUGAACAUUUGAAUAACACCAUUUCAUCUUGGAUUUCUUGUCGGCACAAGCGAAACCAGUUAGAAAACAUGGCAGAACUUUAUCUUCAGCAGUUUUUCCGUUGGCUCGACCGAAGCUUGGAACACCUUUUCACCGGAGGAUUAAGAAAAUAUAAAGCACAACUUAACGGCAGCACCAGGGAAAGAACAAGUUCCAGCGCUUCAAUUAUACCUCAGGUUUCUCCCACACGCGCCACUUCCAGUCCUGUAUCAAAUGAAGUAAGACCUGACGAGGGCUGCGACAGAUUAGGGUUUCAUUACGAUAGUUCAGAGUCGGAAGACCCUGGUGACGGUGAUUCGAACUCCACCAGUGAAUUAUCAGACUCCAGCCGAAGUUUCGACGAGGGGGUGGAUCUAGACUUAAAUCCAGGUGACAACUGUUCGGAACCCUACUGUACUGAUUCGCAAGUCUGUGUUUCGCAGCUAGCCAACGAAGUUAAUAACGCUAGCGAAAGUCAACGUGUUUCAGAUUGCGCUUCGGAUGUCGCAAUCAAAGGCACGCAAACUGUACAUUUGGACGAUUUGAAAUUGAAUGGUAAAGCUGGCACGCUAAUCCAACGACGAUUGCCAGCUACUCUGCACUGCGUACGUUGCUGCUUAACAUUCUCGUGGAUUUUCAACUUGCAUGGUGAUCCGUUUACCGCUGACGGGCUUGCUGUUACACGGUUACGAUCCCUUCCACCGCACAGUGUCUUUUGUGCUCGCUGCAAAAACUCAAUGAAGCUGGUCUUCCAAGCCGCCGUAGCGCACACCUUCGGUUCAUGCGUCGGGACGUUACACUUAGAUGGAUGUGUCGCAGACGACAUACCAUCCAAAGAUUCCGAACUGGUUGUACUCUGUACAGAGUGUAACAAAGUUGUCAAGUUAACGGGUGUACAAGCUGCGCGACCAACAAACAAGUAUUGCUUCACAUGCCACUCGCUUAUAGGGGUGGAGUUUAGCAAGUUUCGAUUGGAAUCAAUCAAAGGAGCUUCUUCCCUUGUGGUUCAUGCCAAACAGUCAGAUGGCGACCGAUCUAAAGAUGCUCCGGGUGUUUCUCGAAGGCAGCGUCGUCUCGCGAAUGUGGCACAGAACCCACUAAUUCAAGAUGGUACUCCUCUGCCAGAUUAUGGCUGUUGCAAACAUUAUCGGAAAAGUUACCGAUGGCUAAGAUUUCCAUGUUGCGGUCGCUUGGACCCCUGUGACGUGUGUCACGACGAAGCAGUCACAGAUGGUCACGAAAUGGAACUGGCUACGCGUAUGGUCUGCGGUUUUUGCUCAAAGGAACAAGCGUUCUCUAACACAAAGCCCUGUGUCCGAUGUGGAAAACAGCUGACUGGCUCACGCUCGGCCCAUUGGGAGGGAGGUAAAGGGUGUCGAAACAGAUUCACGAUGUCUCGAAAGGAUGUGAAAAAGUAUUCCCAGAUGAACAAAACCGUUUCGCGAAACAAAUCCAAACCAUGUUGACUUAUUUUAUCGAAGCUCCCUGUGAUCUCCGCUCCUUUGCCUUGACUGACGAAAGAAUCAACAAAUGCAACCUUUCUGGGGUUAACAAGGUCACAUUCAUCAUUGACACCUAAACUGCGCCAUUUUUUCUAUGUUUCGAACGAAUGAAUGAUUCGGAUUUUUACUUAUGAGACUUCAGGCUUUGUAGGAACCUAAGAGUGAUCUCGUUCCAUUUGACCAGAUUCGCUUUACUUUGCGUAAAAACCAUAUUUGUGAAAGCUUGCUAGAAAGCGUUGUGAAUAAAAAGCCUUGAACUAAGAUGCCGAUCGCCGCGGAAUAUUCCAGGAAACAUUUCUAUCUCGGAGACAUUUUUGGUGA